CGGCUCAGCCAGCGCCGGGCCGCCUCGCUAGCUCCGGGCUCGGCAGGCGGCCCGCGGGGUCCCGGAUUCCUGCGCCCUCAGACAGAGGACAAGCAAGGCAGGUGCUGACCUGAGGCCCGGAGGCCCGCGAGACCUUCGAUCUCCACCUCUCUGUGGCUGCCUGGAUACCUCGUGGCUCUAGCACUCCUCCUGUAGCUUGCCUACAUUACUCCCGGGGCGUAGAAAUGUUACAGCAGAACCUUUCCUGGGCAACGGGGCAUUCCCAGAGCUCACGUCCUUUCUCGGCUGUCUGCAGGAGCUGAACAGUAGGGAGCUAGUCAGUUGUUGCUGGCCCCUGCACCGCUAGAGCCACAGGUCAAGGCGAAGAAAUGUGGACAUAGUGGCUCCUGACCCCAGAAACGGACCGGGAGGUUCCUGUUUGCCUGUGGUGUGAUACUCACCCAGCCCUUUAUGCUGACUCCUGCUGACCCCUCCACACCACUGUCCCACAGAGCUCCCGAACCAUGGGAGAGAAUGAAGAUGAGAAGCAGGCACAGGCCAGCCAGGUCUUUGAGAACUUUGUGCAAGCUACCACGUGCAAAGGGACCCUCCAGGCCUUCAACAUCCUCACCUGCCUCCUGGACCUAGAUCCGCUGGACCAUAGGAGCUUCUACUCCCAGCUCAAGUCCAAGGUGAACACCUGGAAGGCCAAAGCCCUGUGGCACAAACUGGAUAAGCGCGGCUCCCACAAGGAGUACAAGCGAGGAAAAGCCUGCUCAAACACUAAGUGUCUCAUCGUUGGAGGAGGACCAUGUGGCUUGCGCACUGCCAUUGAACUUGCCUACCUGGGAGCCAAAGUGGUUGUGGUGGAGAAGAGGGACACCUUCUCCAGGAACAAUGUGCUGCACCUCUGGCCCUUCACUAUCCACGACCUGCGGGGCCUGGGGGCCAAGAAGUUCUAUGGGAAAUUCUGUGCUGGCUCCAUCGACCACAUCAGUAUCCGACAACUGCAGCUCAUCCUCUUCAAGGUGGCCCUGAUGCUGGGAGUGGAAGUCCAUGUGAACGUGGAAUUUGUGAGGGUGCUGGAGCCUCCUGAAGACCAAGAGAAUCAAAAAGUUGGAUGGCGGGCAGAAUUCCUUCCUGCAGACCACGCCCUGUCUGACUUUGAGUUUGAUGUCAUCAUCGGUGCUGAUGGCCACAGGAACACGCUAGAAGGCUUCAGGAGGAAAGAGUUCCGAGGGAAGCUGGCCAUCGCCAUCACAGCCAACUUCAUAAACAGGAACAGCACAGCUGAGGCCAAGGUGGAGGAGAUCAGUGGUGUGGCCUUCAUCUUCAACCAGAAGUUCUUCCAGGACCUGAAGGAAGAAACGGGGAUUGAUCUCGAGAACAUUGUUUACUACAAGGACAGUACCCACUACUUUGUCAUGACAGCCAAGAAGCAGAGCCUGCUGGACAAAGGUGUCAUCCUUAAUGACUACAUUGACACAGAGAUGCUGCUGUGUUCGGAGAAUGUGAACCAGGACAACCUGCUCUCCUACGCCAGAGAAGCCGCUGACUUUGCCACCAAUUACCAGCUGCCGUCCUUAGACUUUGCCAUAAAUCACAACGGGCAGCCUGACGUGGCCAUGUUCGACUUCACCUCCAUGUAUGCCUCAGAGAACGCAGCCCUGAUGCGUGAGCGCCAGGCACACCAGCUGCUCGUGGCUCUUGUGGGCGACAGCCUGCUGGAGCCAUUUUGGCCCAUGGGCACAGGCUGCGCCCGAGGCUUCCUGGCAGCCUUUGACACGGCAUGGAUGGUGAAGAGCUGGGACCAGGGCACCCCUCCCCUGGAGGUGUUAGCAGAAAGAGAGAGUCUUUACCGGCUGUUACCUCAGACAACCCCAGAGAACAUCAACAAAAACUUUGAGCAGUACACGUUGGACCCAGCCACGCGGUACCCAAACCUCAACCUGCACUGCGUCAGGCCUCACCAGGUGAAGCAUUUGUACAUCACUAAAGAGAUGGACCGCUUCCCUCUCGAGAGAUGGGGCUCCGUGAGGAGAUCUGUCAGCCUCUCCAGGCGCGAGUCAGACAUCCGGCCUAACAAGCUCUUAACCUGGUGCCAGCAGCAGACCAAGGGUUACCAGCAUGUCAGAGUCACCGACCUGACCACAUCCUGGCGCAGCGGCUUGGCCCUGUGUGCCAUCAUCCACAGCUUCCGGCCAGAGCUGAUCAACUUUGACUCGCUGAAUGAAGAUGACGCUGUGGAGAACAACCAACUGGCAUUUGAUGUGGCCAAGCGUGAGUUUGGGAUCCUGCCUGUGACCACAGGCAAAGAGAUGGCGUCUACCCAGGAGCCGGACAAGCUCAGCAUGGUCAUGUACCUCUCCAAGUUCUAUGAGCUCUUCCGGGGCACUCCACUGAGACCCAUGGAUUCCUGGCGUAAAAACUAUGGAGAAAAUGCUGACUUUGGCUUGGGCAAAACAUUCAUUCAGAAUAACUAUCUCAACCUCACAUUGCCCAGGAAGAGGACCCCACGGGUGGACACCCAGAUUGAAGAGAAUGACAUGAACAAGAGGAGGCGACAAGGCUUGAACAACCUGGAAGAGCUGCCAGCCUUCUCCAGCCGUAGCCUGGGCUCCAAUCAAGAGUAUGCUAAAGAAGGUGGCAAUCAGAACAAAGUCAAGCACAUGGCCAAUCAGCUGCUAGCCAAGUUUGAGGAGAAUACUCGGAACCCUUCAGUCAUGAAACAGGACUGCCGCCGGGUCUCAGGCAUAGGUAAGCCUGUCCUGUGCUCUGCCUCUCACCCUCCUGAUACCUCUCGCUGCCCCAAGUUGGAGGAGUCCACUUCCAGGCUUCCACCUCCUCUGAAAAGGCAGUUCUCCUCCACGGUGGCAACAGGACAGGUGCUCAGAGAACUCAACCAAGUACCGGCUAGUGGCGAGUGCCUCAGCAGACCCUGGAGAGCCAGGGCCAAGUCAGACCUGCAACUGGGUGGGGUUGAAAAUCUCGCCACCCUACCUCGCACCCGCCAAGGGGCACCGGCCCUGUCCGGGGUGCUGCGGCGCCUACAGCAAGUAGAAGAAAAGGUUCUUCAGAAGAGGGCCCAGAACUUGGCUAACAGGGAAUUUCACACAAAGAACAUUAAAGAGAAGGCAGCUCAUCUGGCCUCCAUGUUUGGACACGGGGAUUUACCACAGGAUAAACUCCUAUCUAAACGCGUGCCUCACGCUCAUCCUCCAUCUCCUCCCUCUUGCCUUCCGUCUCAUCAUCCAGCUGCUGCUUCCUCUCCACCCGCUGCCGACUCUGUUUCUCCUGCCAGAAAGCUGACAGUAGGGAAAGUCUCCAGCGGAAUAGGGGCUGCAGCUGAAGUUCUGGUCAAUCUGUACUUGAAUGAUCACAGACCUAAGACACAGGCCACCUCUCCAGACCUGGAAUCCCUGCGAAAGGCGCCCCCCCUGAGCCUGGGCGGCAAGGACACCUGCUACUUUUGUAAGAAGCGUGUAUACGUGAUGGAGCGGCUGAGUGUCGAGGGCCACGUUUUCCACCGAGAGUGCUUCCGAUGCAGCAUCUGCAGUGCCACCCUGCGCCAGGCUGCCUAUGCCUUUGACUGUGAUGAAGGCAAAUUUUACUGCAAGCCCCAUUUUGUUCACUGCAAAACCAGCAGCAAACAGCGGAAGAGACGGGCAGAGCUGAAUCAACAAAGAGAGGAGGAAGGAACACGGCAGGAGCAGGAAGCACCUCGGAGGGAUGUUCCCACGGAAAGCUCUUGUGCAGUGGCGGCCAUCAGCACCCCAGAAGGCAGCCCCCCAGGUAUCUCCACCUCCUUCUUUAGGAAGGCGCUCAGCUGGCCUCUCAGGCUGACGAGAGGCCUGCUCAACCUGCCCCAGAGCCUGCGUAGGUGGAUGCAGGGACUCCUGCAGGCUGCUGGCCACCACGUGCGGGACAAUGCUCACAACUACUGCUUCAUGUUUGAGCUCCUGAGCCUGGGGCUGCUGCUGCUCUGGGCUUUCUCCGAGGUCCUGGCUGCCAUGUACAGAGAGUCCGAGGAGUCUCUGGAGAGCAUCCGCAGCUGGCUGCUCAGGUUUAUCCCAGUGAAGCUGCAGUGAGGUGUGUGCUGCCCUGCAGUGCCCUAACAUUUCCAAGUGUAGACUGCAGAUGUUUGUAGUUUGCUCUGGCUCUGGCCAGCAUCUGUAACCAAUUAGCUCCAAGCCAAAGAGUCCCACAUUGGCCACUUAUGCCGGACUUUGACAGGGUUGAGCAUCUCUUCAUGGUGCUGGGGCCAGGGACAACAUGAAGGAUUUUUUUUUUUAUGUGUUUGUUUUCUAACAGCUUUGUGUUUUGUUUUGUUUUGUUUUGUUUCAAACCAAAGCGAGCCAUAUUUCUGGGUUUACAUUUCAAUUUUUAACUUUUCAUAAGCCAAAAAAGAAAGCACUAUUUUUCUACAAGUAUCAAUAUUUCUAACUGUUUCAACUGUUAUCGCUAGUUUUACAAGGCCCUUAAACUUGGCAGUGAGUUGAGAUUCAUUGCUGCCAGCAAAGUUAAUGAGCUGAGACUAGAGUCACAAAAGAGAGGGCACCCGUCAUGUGACCAGUGCCUUUUGAUUUACACAUCCAGAUGCCACCUGGUCACAGUGGGUGCUGGGUUUGUUUGUUUCAAAAACACAGAUAUGUAGAAACAUAAUGAGGUUGGCAGAAGUAAGCACAGGGGUAAAAUAAACCAAACUUGAUCAAAGCACACAGCAGGGUCUCAGUACUAUCUGUCCUCAGGGUAGGCGAGCGGUGUCUUGCUCAUACCUUAUAAAAUCAAAGAGUGGCUUAGAGGCUUUCCCUCCUGUCCACUGAAUCACAGCCAAUGACAUAGAACCACAGGGUUGCCACACUGCAAACAGAUAUUUUCCUCCCCACUAAUGGGCACAGCAGUGAAGGCCUGUUGGCACUUGACCCUGAAUGGUUGUCAAGCUAAUGCAAUGCUGAGGACAAACUAUUUCAGAUGACGUCAUUUUCCACCCCUGUUAACAGCCAACCCAGGCUGCAGGCUGAGCCACCAUGGCCCACCAUGGUUCAGCUGCCCCUCCCUGAUGUUCUUUGAACUGAGAACCUGCUGGCCUCUGGGAAGCAAAGUCCUGAUCAGUGCUGGUGGCAUCCUGGAUGCUUAGUCACAUGGCUACCUUGUAUGCGUCCCCAACACAGUUAAACCCUUUUCCCAGUGCCCCAGAAAAAUAAUAGCAUCUGGUCUUCGGGUGACUCCAAGCCCACAGUGUUUUCUGCUCUGGAACGAGCCUUCAGCUGUCCCCACCCUCUCUGUGAUGCUCAGCUUCAGCAGCAGGUUGAGCAACUGGAGGGAUGAGAAGGGCCUUCUAGGUACGUCACGUGUCUACAGUCACUGGGUACAAGACAGCUACUUAGAGCUGCUACCGCAUGCGUGCCCUCUCAAGAUUAGAAAGGUCUGGUUAAAGACCAGGCAUCUUGAAAGCUUUGACAUCAGCUUUCUGAAGGAUGGGGAAAGAAGGGUGCUUUUCUAGACUCUGUCCAGAAGUCAUGGGAAAGACAGGCAUGGCUGUGGCCAAAUCAGUGGGAACCAGCACCUCUGACCUUGUUGGAACUGUUGCCAGUGUGGUGAUGAGCACUGUACAUGCCCCGAGUGUAGCUGGGGUGUUAAUGAUCAAGAAUGAUGGGAGGAUCCCUUGAGUCCUAGUAGGUUUCAUUAUGUCGCGUGAAUUCUCGAGGUCAUGUUGUAGUGUAGCCCAGGGUGGGCUGGGAUGCUUUGUGGAAUGCUCUGGGAAGCCAGAGUGAACUCUCCAAAAAAAAGAAAAUCUCAUUUACAGCCGUACAGAGGCUGGCUUGAAUUACUCUGGUAGACAGGGUGUGUCUGACACAGGGCUGAGACGUCUGUAUAUUCUGAGUCCUUGAACCUUCCUGGUGGGCAACAGCGGGGAUAGGUCCUGGGAGGCAGAUACUCUAGAGAUGAAUUCGCCUCAAGGAUGAAUAUGAGACCCCAGAGUAAACUGGAGACAGAGGGGGCCAUGGGGGGGGCAGAAGGUCCUGGGAACAUUUGCAGACAGGAAUGGAGUUCUGUUACUAUGCAGACCCUGGGCAUCCACUCUUGGAAAUGAAGAGCCAGCCACCACCAGGAAGGUUUGUCCCUCCUAAGCAGGCAGUCCUCUGUGAGGGACAGUGGUUGCCCUGUUCCUUACCUCCAGUGUCCUUUCCCAUUGUGGUUGUAUUUGUUUUAGACCCUUGCUAAGUCCUCCUUUCUGUCUUUCUCUCUCCAAUCUCACUUUGCGGCCGCCAGUACGUUUCAGCCUUCCAGUCCUACACCCACUUCUUGGCUGACACUUCUGCUCUAAGGUGACUGAUUUUCUUGGCAACUUUCAGAGAGAGGUACUAACCCCUAACCCGCUUUCUGCACCCCAUCCUCUGCGUCCGUCGGUGGUACUGGUUGUGCUAACUGUGAGUGUCUUGCCUACUAAUGUGGACUCGCUAGAGGCGUGAAUGGUAGAGAGCAUGGGGCGGGGGUCAGCUUGAAAGCCAUGUUCUGCUUCCCCUCUCUGGAGCCCAGCCAGCAGUCUGGGUCCACAACAAGUGCAUGCCCCAUGCCCCUUCUCCUCUGCACUGUGGGCUGGCUUCUUUGCAUGUUUUCUCAGUUGCCCUUUUAAAACCUUUUGUCUUCUUGGGAGGGUUCACCAUGAUUGUGAGACAAUACCGAGGGCUCUUGUCACCUUUCAAAACAUUUCUACUUAGUAACCUCUGAAAAAAGACAUGUCUAAGCAUAUUUUCUUCAACCCAUUCUAAUACAAAGAUUACUAAUGCCUUUAAUUGAGACCAUAAGUGACUCAUUUUGGUGAGGUUUUAAAAGUAUACUUUUUUUUUCCCCCAGACUCUCAGGCCAGCUUGACCCAUGCUCUCUGUGCUGUGACUAUAAUGACAAUAGCGAGCCCUUGCCCUGGUUCAGCAUAGUUAGUCCAAGAGCCUUACUAUGCCUUUCACGUGCCUCUGGGCUCUUAGUCCCUUACUGUUUCACAAGCUUUAAUGGGACAGUUGUGGUCACAGGAGAAGGGCAGCCACUGUGGAUGCUCCUGUCAAUCUAUGGAAAGGGCAUAAUCUCUGCUCAUUUACCUGGAGCAGCGCACCAGUCAUGUGCUACUACAAGAAGCAGUCACAACGGAGGGCAGAGAGCAGAUGUGAGUCCAGCCCCACAUUUUCAGACUGCAGCCAGUGCCUCUCACAAGCAGCUAGGGCCACCCUGCUCUCCAGCUUCCACCCAGUCCUGCAUGCCGCACUUGCCUGCUGUGUUGGCGCAGAACCCAGCCAGUACAAAGUCCUCUCCUCUCCUCUUUUCUUCUCUUCCAGCAUUCCCCUCUCUAAAAUGUCAACCAAAGAGAGCCUUCCCUUCCCCCCACCCCACUCCCACCUGCUCUCAGCCCCUUUAGACAGUCUCCUCCCAAUCUCUCGGCAAGGCAUGUCUGUGACCCUAGAGAAUUCAUUUACAGUGCCAUAUGGAACCCUGUAUUUUACACACACACAGCAAACGAUGUUUAGGUUUAUUUAUGAUAUUUGAUGCUGUAAAUGAAAAUAAAUAUGGUUCUUUAUAAAGCUCACCGUUU